GGCACGAGCGAAAGUGAUACACAAGCAAAAACGCUCCUGUUGCUGCUUGAACCUGAGAAAACUGCCAAAAAAGAAAAAAAAAGAAAAAAAGAAAAGAAAAAAAGCAACCUGUGAGUAAUUUUCAACGUAUUUUUUUGUAAGUACCGCGGUGGCCAGGUGUGGGCCGACCAAUCGCUUAUCAGUGUGUGGGAAGAGGUUUUAGUGGAGCAGAAACACGAACUCUAGCGCGUGAGAGCGUUUCCGUUCAAACUCGAGCCACUUUACUGCCAUGCUGCAUCACCUGGAGAAUUUUUUUCAGUCUUCUUUUCAUCCAGACCUUUUUUAAUCAAAUGAAAUGAUGCAAUUAGUUCAUGGGCAACAUCACUGGAACACAUUAUGGAUUAAAGACGGACACCAAACGAGCACCAAGGACCAACUGUUAUUAUAAAAAUAUAUAAACAAAUAUUUGUUUCUUUGCACGCGCUGCAUCCAAACGCGCAUUUCCCUCACUAUUACCAGCAUCUUAUUGCGAUGCUAAAGCGAUAAAGGACGGCAGCGGAGCGCAGAUGACUUUCAGGCAAUUGGAUCACAUUUGCAUUUGCUGAAAGAAGAGAAAAAAGAAAGCAAGAAGAUCAUGAAGAUGUCUCCUCCUGACCGAAGGAAAGGCAUGCGCGAGCUGGCGCUGGAGAUCGGAAUCCGAGUGCUGCUCUUCGGAGUUUUCGUGUUCACUGAGUUCCUGGAGCCAUUUGAAAGAGUUAUUCAGCCUGAAGAGCUGUGGCUUUACAAGAACCCUCUGGUGGAAUCAGAUCUCAUCCCCAAAAGAGUCAUGUUUGCUAUAUCAUUCCUGACCCCUCUGGCUGUGAUCUUUGUGGUGAAGAUCAUACGACGAACAGAUAAGACCGAAAUCAAAGAGGCAUGUUUGGCUGUGUCUCUCGCACUAGCACUGAAUGGCGUCUUCACAAACACCAUUAAGUUGAUAGUCGGCAGGCCAAGACCUGAUUACUUUCACCGCUGCUUCCCAGAUGGCCAGGUGAACGCGAAAAUGCUGUGCACAGGAGAACCAAGCCUGGUGUCUGAAGGCCGAAAGAGUUUUCCCAGCAGCCACUCCUCCUUUGCUUUCUCUGGCCUCGGCUUCACCUCCUUCUACUUAGCGGGGAAGCUGCAUUGUUUCACCGAGAGCGGGCGUGGACGCAGCUGGCGCCUCUGUGCUAUGAUCCUGCCCCUAUACAGUGCACUGAUGAUCGCCCUGUCCCGCACCUGUGACUACAAACAUCAUUGGCAAGACGCUUUUGUCGGCGGUGUGAUCGGCCUGCUGUUUGCCUACAUCUGCUACCGGCAGCAUUACCCACCGUUUCUCCACACAGACUGCCACCUGCCUUAUGCCAGCCUGGCACUGUGCACCACCCGACAUGCACCAGUCUCCCAGGAGGUGCCUCAGGCCACGGACAAUGCCACGAGUCUGCCUCUGGAGGGCAUCACCGAGGGGCCCGUAUGACUAAUGGAGCCCUCCUCCUUCACCGCCCGCUUGGUAUGACCCACACAGACUGGCUGACUCUUGUACAUUCCAGUGGGUCGUCCAGUUCCUGUUCAUUUUAUCCUUCACUGGUCCUCUUCUCUUUUUCCCUCUUUGUGUUUAGUACUGAUUUACCAGCCUCAUUUGGGAUACAUUUACACUCACUAAACUUGUUAAUGGCGAAUGCAGACCAUAUCUAUAUAGCCGGAAUGAUAGAAUAGAAAAGAGAGAGGAGAACGCGUUGUAGAAGUGGCCUGAUUAAGUUGUAGUAUAAAUUGAGAAGAUUAAUGAUAGCACAAAGUCCAGCAUGGUGUAUUUUAUUAUUACAGAUAUGGAAAUGUUCAAUGACAUGUAUAACAAUGUGGGGUGAUUGGAGGGGAGGCACUGUAAUAGAAGUCAAAAUCUGUCUAUUGGAAUGUUUCUUUUAUAUUUUCUCAUUACUUUUCCAGUUCUGAAUUUCUGACAUAUUGGGCAGGGAAAAAUGCUUUUCAAAUAUACUUUGAUCUCACUGGC